UUCCGAGUGAUAAUUCGGAAGACUUCACUAACUGGCUUCCGCCUUUUGAAGUCUUGCAAGAUAUCUUUACUUUGCACAUGUACAACGUUUACUAUUAACAGCAUUGUGUAUUUGCUUAUGUUCGUACAGGAGCAAUUUCCACAGAAAUACUAAUCAACCAAUGGAUUCUCUCUCUUCAGUAAAUGGAUCCCGACCAUAUCGGUCCCACAAAAUCCCAGCGUACGAUCGAUGCCGAAAGCGUAAGUUGAGAUGUGAAGCAGACUUAUCGAAUGGACCAUACCGUAUUUGUCAGGAUCAAGAUGUAGAUUGUACUAGGUCAGAAGCUCCCAGGAACAGCAAACGCAGCACUCCAACCACAAAUGGCACGCUUAAUAUAGAAACAAAUCAUCAGUGCGUUCGUACAAACGUCCCAGAAUACCUGGCUCAAGUCCCCUGGCUUCUCCGAGACUUAGAAACAAUUCUCGCCAUUCUAUUGAAGAGAGUGUUGCCGAGCAAUGUGACCCCCAAAGUCCCGAAUAUAGUCAACAGGAAAGAACCAUUGUUAAUGCAAAAUCUUCCAUGAUUAUUAGUCCUGUUAUUGCAGAGGAUAUCCAAGUACUGGAACAAUAUAUGGAAUCAUAAUCUCGACCUCAAAAAUCUAAAAGUGGACGUCUAUAUGAUACUGUUUCAGACAAUCCGAAGGAUCCUGAGAUUUAUCCCAGUGUUUCCCGGCGAAGGGAAGAACUUUCUUCAAGUGAGCGACCGGGUGAAAAGCAGAAGGAGAUCUUGGAACAAAUUCUAGGACCAAAUGUCGACGAAGUUGUCAAGCUGUAU